AUGUUUCGAAAUGCAACAACAACUUCUGCUACCUUAUUUAAUGGCCGUUUAUUCGAUAGCAAGGUAUUGAAAGAUGGCCUGGUUCAAGAUCGAUUUAAUGAGAGCACUCUUAUCAGUCCACACAAUCUUGCUAUUGCUGUCUUGGAUUUCGAACCUACACUAGUUCCGGUACAAACCAACAUGUCAAAUAUAUAUAUUAGACUCUGGACUCCUCCUGAUCAAUCUAUGGAUGGCAAAUCAACAUUGGAUACUGCCGCACUUAUGGCUUCAUUAUAUCAACAGGAAUAUUUCAAGUUAGACUAUCCAUUUAUGACCCUGGACAUGGUCGCUAUUCCGAACUUUUAUAGGCAUCUUCAAGCUCAUACUAAUAUCUUAUUUUACAAAGCUGAGGCUUUGCUGUAUGAUCCUUUAUCGACGCCAGAUGCUGAGCUAGCUUGGAAACGCAUGCUUUUAGGGAGUGGUAUAUCUUACCAAUGGCUUGGAGGUUCAUUUUCUAUGGCCUGGUGGGAUCAGUAUUGGUUACAAGAAGCGAUGAAGUCGCAUGCAAGAUAUUACGGACUUACGUCAGGUUGGCAACCUGCGAUGGGCAUUAACGAUUUGAUUGAUGAUUUAAAAAUCUUAGAAAUGCAAUCGGCCUUAGCAAUGGAUAGUUCUGCGUACACUGCACCCCUUCAAGGACAAGACACUACUGCUGAUAGCUGGUCAGCUAACAAUUUCUACCUCAUCAGGGAAAAGGGAUAUGCUUUACUUAGAACCUUGCAAGCCUACGAUAAUUCCAUCAAUAUUGAUGAAUUGAUUCAGAAAUUUGCAAAAAAUUCAAGAAAUCUUGUAACCUCUGUAUCUGAAUUUUGGAAGUUACUACCACCAGAGGUCACCACCAAAUUUGAUUUUAAUCAGCUGAUGCAACCGUGGCUCACCCAGCCUGGGUACCCAUAUGUUAACGUAUCUUCGACUCAAAGUAAUCAAAGUGAACUUUUGCUAAAUUCAACACCAAUUGAUAUUGGGAAUUCAAUCCUGUUAAACGCCAACGUGAAAUUAUUUGGAUUUUAUCGGGUUCUGUAUCCGGCUGCAACGUGGAAUAACUAUACAGCAUUGAUCCCUAAAUUGCCAUCCAAUACUAUUGCCAUGUUAUCUACUGGAUUAUCAAAGUUGAUGGAUGAUGCCUUCGCUUUUGCUAAGCUUGGUCGUUUAUCUUAUGUACAAACAUUAACUAUGUCGAAAUCUAUAACACAACAACACGCUUUAUUUUUGCCGUGGGCUACCUAUAAACAAAACAUGAACUUCAUUGCUAACAUAGUGAAAUAUUUCAUUAUUGAUCAAGCAUUGUAUCAGGAUUACCACUCGAGAUUAGUAAAAAAUAUCAUGAAUGAGCUAACUUUUAAGAAUGUUGGAGACUAUAAUAAAAGAUUAACACGAGUUGUUGCCAUGGAUUACUAUUGCCUUGAGGAUAAGCAGUGCCGAAAUUAUACUAAAGAGCAAUUCCUAUCCAGUUUAUAUUCUGAUAGCAAUACAACAAUACCUGCUAAUUUAAAAUCAAUCAUUUUCAAGUAUGGAAUUGCUGAUACUGAUGAAGCUGCAUGGGAAAAGGUCCUCGAUAUGUUUAAAUCUAGUACAGUUCCAUCUGAUCGAUUACUUUAUCUUGAAGCUCUGACCUAUAGCAAAAACGUUACACUUUGGAGAAGGUAUCUAGACAUGACUCUUAAUAGAACGUUAAUGAGCUCGCUCGAAGCCCUUAAAGCAUUUGACUUUAUGGCUAGUCGUGGCUUGUUAAAUCUCCAGUUGGCUUGGCCUUUUGUAACUAAUAAUUUAGAGGCCCUAUACCAAAGAUUUAACUUCAAAGUAACAUUUAUGGAGCAACUACUUAACGUGACAGCUGCCAGAUAUGUAGAUAAAGAUAACCUGCAAAGAGUAGGCAAUCAUUACAAUUUCAAGAAAUUGCGUAUAUUCUCAGUAGCUUACGCGUAA